AACAGUACAGAUGCACGACACACUAAAGCAUGCAAACACACUUCUCAAUUCUUAAAACAGUCAGACUACCUACUAAUAAAUCGAUAGCCUUUUGUAUUGAAGAUUCAAUUUCAUCAGAGAAAUAAUCAUGGAUAAUAUCAAGCUGAAACAGAGUGUCUAUUUCUACUCUCUCUACCCUCCAGUUGCUUUGGGUGUAAUUUCUCUAAUUGCCUGCUAUAUCAUACUUGCCCUGUACCUAGUCUGCUGUCGUCAUGUCCACAAGAGCUCUAAACACGUACCAGGAAUCAUCAACUGUCUAAUUAAGAUAACCUUCCGAGGAAGUUUCACAAAGAAUCAAAAUAAUGAAGAGAAGAGCGAACUUCGAUUGUUCGGCUACCAAGUACCAGCUGGGCUUAUAAACUCGUUGGGACUAAUUUCAAUGAUUGUGUGGGUAGGAGUAGCGGCAGCAUUCUGGAUUGUACUAAUUGGGCAAAAUCAGAGCAUUUUGCAUCCUGAAAACUGCGACAACAAAUCUUCGACAGUUAUAGUGGAUUGCGAGCCCAUCUCAUACAAUAAAGUGUCUCUGGACUACGUGAGAGCUCUCGGAGCCGCUGGGGGUCUGCUAGUACUAACCACCGUCAUACUGCAAGGUCAAACUAUCGUACUAAUGUGGAUGAUGAAAAAAAGUCAAACUAAGAAUCGCCAAAUUCGACGUUGCUGGAAACUUGCUCUAGUAAUGGUAGUGUCUGUGCCUCUAGGGAUCGAGGUGUUACUGCUUUCAGGCGCUUCUAUUGGCAUGAUUUUCUUUGAACUGUACAAUAGUAUACAGCAUUGGAUACAGUUUGGAUCUUUCGUGAUCGCUGUAUUUCAGUCAACUUAUUUCUCAAGUAUCACCGUCUACUUUACAUGGAAAAGGAGAACGGCUCUUCCCAGGGUCAGCGAUAUCGAGCAGGGGAUGGAGUUGCCAUCGGUGAUGAGAGGUACGAUGGCUGGUAGCAAUGGUGACGGCAGGUUUGGGACGAGUGAUAAUUUGACUAGUCCUUUAAUGAGCUGAAACAGUAAAUUAAGAUGAAUAUUAUUCACACACUAUUCACUGUUCGACAUGUAUUAAACAAGCUACGGUGGCCCUGAGCGCAAGUUAUACUGUAGCUAAGGUAGUUGAACUAUCAAGUAGCUAAGGUGAACUACUAGUAUAGCGCUCAG